UAGCAAUAUUAAUUUCGAACAAAAUAUGAAGUUUUUAUAUAUCUCCAUACUUUUCAUUGGAGUAUGCUGGGCUGACGAUCGAAUUUUGUUUCGAGACGACGAUCAGCCCGCUGCGCCUCCUGCUUUCAAGAAUAGAAUAGCAUUGGAAAAUAAUCUUUCACCGUACGUAUUGGCGGCGGCUGAAAAAAUCACUAAAUUCAGUUUCAAUUUAGAUGAAGUUCUACAAAAAAACUCUGAAAACGAUGAAGAUAAUAUUCUAUUUUCGCCAGUAAGCUUAACAUAUCUAUUGGCUAUGGCUUUAGCUGGGUCGAAUGGUCAAACAUUUGAUGAGAUUGUGAAAGUUAUGGGUUUCGAACCUUCAAAACCUAUUCGUGAGAAGUCAGAAGCCAUUCAUUUCAUAUAUUCUCAAUUAUUUUCUAAAAUGUUAGAUGCUCAGAAGCAAGAAAAUGGACCCAAAACUGAGUUGGCAACAAGUAUGUUUGUGCAAGAGGGCUAUCCAAUACGUCAAGAGUUCAGAGCUCUCAUUGAAGUAUUAUACAAAAGUGAUAUUAUAAACGUAGAGUAUAGUGAUGGUCAAAAAGCUUUUGAAACCAUCAACAACUGGGUUAGUGAAAAAACAAAGGGGAAUAUCAAAACAUUAUUCGACCAGGCUCCAGAUUCUGACACUCGUGUUGUUUUGGCAUCUGCAUUGUAUUUCAAUGGCCAAUGGGCGAUGGAAUUUAAUCCGGAAAAUACUGAAAAGAGCAUAUUUACUGUGAAUCCUGACAAUAAAGUUGUCGUUGAAUCAAUGUUCAACAAUAACAACUAUUCAUUCUAUGAAGAUACAAAAUUAGGCGUGAGACUCGUUGGCAUUCCUUACGAAGGACAAGAUACUGUAAUGUGGGCAUUUUUACCUAUCGGGGAAGGUACACAAGCUGUCAAAGAUUUAAAAGCUCGCUUAACUCCAGAAAUUGUCGAUGAGCUUAUUAGCAAGGCAAACAGCGAGCUUUUAUCCAUUGCUUUCCCUAAAAUGGAUUUGACUGGCAACUUAAAUUUGAACGAAGCUCUCAAAACUAUGGGAGUUACUUCUAUGUUCGGUCCCGAAGCUGAUUUCAGCGUACUGUCUCCAGGAAAAGGAGAAUCGACCCAAAGGGUCCGUAGAGGUCGCAGCCAGGCUUACCGUUCGACUUUCGGUACCGAUGAGCUGAAAAAUUCAGGAGAUCUUAGUCGGCCAGAUCUGAAUGUUGGCAAUGUAGUUCACAAAGUCACAAUGAAAGUUAACGAAAAAGGUACAGAAGCUGCAGCUGCAUCCGGCAUGGACCUCGGAAACCGAUUCGGUGACGACUCUCGCUAUGUUUAUUUCAAUAAACCAUUUUUGUUCCUUAUCAGAAAUGAACAAACUAAAGCCAUAUGGUUCUGGGGUACUAUAAAUAAACCCACACCUAAUGAAGAAUUUAAACAGUAAAGUUUAAACAACUAUAGUUAUAAAAAUAUAUUGUA